AUGAAGCUUUUGUCUACUCUUACUGCAGGAUUGUGCCUCGGAAAGGGGAUCAAUCAGUUCUCCUGCCCAGAUCUGGAUAUUGAAGAAAUUUGCAGCGCUGAAUGUAGAGUCGUCUAUGUCUCCUGCCGCAAUGAUUGCGGUGAUCCUAAUUGUGAAGCGCAGUGCUCGAAUGAUUAUAAUUUAUGUUUGAUGGACUGUCCUUGUAAUGUUAAUUGUCCAAAUGGUUGCAGUGGAUGUGACUACUAUCUCUGCGAAAAUUCAACGCCUACAGCAUCAACAACUACAAGCAUUGACGCGGGGCCUGCUCAUAUUCAGAGCCGAUGCAUCGAGACUCCGCCAAGAGGAACCAACGGUCACUACUACAUGGAUUUCGCUGCACUGGCAGUUGUUGGUGGAGAAUCUUAUGUGUUCGGAGGAAAAUCUGACGUGAGAAAGAUCGCUAAGUUAGAAGGAUGUAGUUUCAGUGAGCUACCGAACCGACUUCAGCGCAACUUCCAGACAGAAACUGGUUCCUUAGUCGCAUUCGAUCCAAAAAACAGCUCAAAAGUUUUACUUUGUUUUUCCGAUGAUACCAAUAAUAACAUGUGCGAAACAUUCGACGUGGGUAGUGGAGUCAGUUCUCUAACCGUUCCGAAUUCACGAUACCCGCAUCGAACUGCUUGCAUGGGGCAGAUUGUCGGAGAGCCUGUUGCCGUUGCAGGUUAUGGAUACUCUACUUUUGAUCGCAAAAAGAUCGAGCAAUUGAGAGCGAAUUCCUGGGUUACAUUGGCCAAUCAUCCAAAGGAUUUAUCUGCACAUUCGUGCGUGAGUCUCGAAGACGGAAUUCUAACGAUUGGUGGUUGGCAAGAUGUUCUUGUCGAUCAAGUUAAAUACUCAAAGGAGAUUUACUUGCUGAGGAAUAAUUCGUGGACGCUUAUAGGAAAUUUGAAACAGCCGUCUGGAGGACACUCAUCGAUAAUGGUCGGUUCGGGCGAGAUAUUGAACGUUAGCGGCGUUAACACCCCGUUCAACGUUGAGAAAUUAAUUUGGGAUGGCAAUCGGGUGACAUCGACUGAAGUUCUGUUUACAAACAGCUUCUACAUUUACCGACCAGUUCUCUACGAAUCUGCACUCAACGCAUGUCCUGUUGUCUGCGAAUAA